GCCUGGCGGCGGCGGCAGCAACAGCAACGGCGGCAGCCCCGCGGAAUGGAGCGGCGCCGGGGCUGAGCCGGGCGCGCACGGGCCGCCGCAUGUGCCGAGCGGGGAGCAGCUGCCGAGCGGGCAGAGAGCGAGCGCUAGAGGCCCCGUCGGAGCGGCCACCGGAGCUGCGCCGGAGAUGGGAGAACAGCCCAUCUUCACCACCAGAGCGCACGUUUUCCAGAUUGAUCCUAGCACCAAGAAGAACUGGAUGCCUGCGAGCAAGCAGGCUGUCACUGUCUCCUACUUCUAUGAUGUCACGAGGAAUAGCUAUCGGAUUAUCAGUGUGGAUGGAGCCAAGGUGAUCAUAAACAGCACAAUCACCCCAAAUAUGACUUUCACCAAAACGUCACAGAAGUUUGGGCAAUGGGCAGACAGCAGAGCCAAUACAGUGUUUGGUUUGGGAUUUUCUUCAGAGCAGCAGCUGACAAAGUUUGCAGAGAAAUUUCAGGAAGUGAAAGAAGCUGCAAGACUAGCCAGAGACAGGUCCCAGGAGAAAAUCGAAACCUCAAGUAAUCUUUCCCAAGAAUCUGGGUGUGAAACCGCAUCUUCUACUCAGGCAUCCAGUGUCAAUGGGACAGAUGAUGAAAAGGCCUCCCACACGGGUCCUGCUGACACCCACCUGAAAUCUGAGAAUGACAAGCUGAAGAUCGCUUUGACGCAAAGUGCUGCCAAUGUGAAGAAAUGGGAAAUUGAGCUGCAGACCCUGCGGGAGAGCAACGCCCGGCUGACCACAGCACUGCAGGAGUCGGCAGCCAGUGUGGAGCAGUGGAAGAAGCAGUUCUCUAUCUGCCGCGACGAGAAUGACCGGCUCCGGAACAAGAUUGAUGAACUGGAAGAACAGUGCAGUGAGAUCAACAGAGAGAAGGAGAAAAAUACCCAGUUGAAGCACAGGAUUGAGGAGCUGGAGUCUGAACUCCGAGAGAAGGAGACGGAGUUGAAAGAUCUCCGAAAACAAAGUGAAAUCAUACCUCAGCUCAUGUCAGAGUGUGAAUAUGUCUCAGAGAAAUUAGAGGCGGCAGAGAGAGACAAUCAAAACCUGGAAGACAAAGUACAGUCUCUAAAGACAGACAUUGAGGAGAGUAAAUACCGACAGCGCCAUCUGAAGGUGGAGUUGAAGAACUUCCUGGAGGUACUAGAUGGGAAGAUCGACGACCUCCAUGACUUCCGCCGAGGUCUUUCCAAGCUGGGCACGGACAACUAGGGCUGGGCCGAGGCCCAGGCCACGCACAGUAGUCCCACGUGUAUGUGUAUGAGACAAAUAGGAUUAGGACGUUCACCUGUUUGCGUUGUUUCUGUAAAUGCAGGCACGGUUUGUCGUGUUUCCAAACCAGUUGUACCGUGCACUCAGCUCCUCUUCAGAUUAGAUAUCUCCUCUUGCUUCUCUGGCCUUGUGAGGUUGUGGACAACUGGAAGAUUCUGACUCAGGAAUCCAGACUAGAUCUACCUAGUUUAUGCAGUCAGUGCAGGGAUAUUUAUAUCUUUUCUUAAGGGCUGUUGCAACCAUAUGAACUGGGGAAGGGGAAAAAAAGUAUUUUCUAAUCCACAUAUGACUAUCCUUUACACCAUGCUAUUUCACUCCUUUUAUUGACUGGCAUUCAGAGUAUUUGAAUGUCCACAAGGCCCCAAUCUGUAGGGGCAUGAAGGUAAUAGUUCCCUCUCAGUAAACAUUGAGAUGCUUUCAAAUAUCACUCAGUACAGACUUGUCAAGGGAAAGAGAGCAAGUUUUUGGUGGGUGCAUUUGCUUACACGAAAGCUGCUUGCAUCCACUGAUACCCCUCCCGCCCAGUUUGUAUGGUUGCGACUGUGUACCUUUUCUUGGCUUUUACUUCUGAACGGAUGGCUGUGCUAUGGGAACAGCAUGCAGGGAGGGUGCCUAGCACAGUGUCUGGCACAAGUAGGUGCUUAAUAAAUAUUUGUUCAAUUAAA